CUCUGUUUGUACAAACACAAUCACCGUGUGAUCGGGAUCGGCGCUGGCACUCUCUGUUAUCUCACCGUGCGCACUACUGCAGCAGAAAAGCCUCAUUGAAAAAAAAUAAAAAAUAAACAGACUUAACUGACACCUGUCCAAGGAGAGAAAUACUCAAGUGGGUGAAACAAGUUUUACCGUCAGUAUCAUUGCGCGUUUGUAACCUUGGAACUCAUACCUGCUGUUUGGUGAGGAUGGGACUGUUCCUUGUCUCCAUCGCGCUCUGCGUACACCUCGCUGUCCCGCAUCUCGUCAAAGCAGCAGAUGGCGAGGAUCCAACUUCAGCAGGACCCUGCCACCCAAACCCUUGUCACAAUGGAGGUACCUGUGAAAUCAGUGAAACAUACAGGGGCGACACAUUCAUUGGAUACAUCUGCAAGUGCCCACCAGGCUUCAAUGGGAUCCACUGCCAACACAACAUUAAUGAUUGUGAAAGAAACCCAUGCAAAAACGGAGGGAGCUGCACAGAUUUGGUUGCAAACUAUUCCUGUGAAUGCCCAGGAGAAUAUAUGGGAAGAAACUGUCAGUACAAAUGUUCUGGUCCUCUUGGCAUGGAGGGUGGAAUCAUCUCCAACCAGCAGAUUACGGCCUCCUCCACUCAUCGAGCUCUCUUCGGUCUCCAGAAAUGGUACCCCUACUUUGCCCGGCUGAAUAAGAAAGGUCUAGUGAACGCCUGGACGGCAGCCGAGAAUGACAGAUGGCCCUGGAUUCAGAUUAACCUACAGAGAAGGAUGCGGGUCACAGGAGUGAUAACCCAAGGAGCCAAGCGCAUCGGGAGCCCAGAAUAUGUUAAAUCGUACAAAGUGGCCUAUAGCAAUGAUGGAAAGACCUGGAGGAUGUACAAAGUCAAGGGCAUGGAUGAAGAUAUAAUCUUCCACGGUAAUAUUGAUAACAACACCCCAUAUGCCAACUCCUUCACACCUCCGAUCGAAGCUCAGUAUGUGAGGAUCUACCCCCAGGUGUGCAGGAGACACUGCACUCUUCGCAUGGAGCUCCUGGGUUGUGAGCUCACAGGAUGUUCUGAGCAAAUGGGGAUGAAGUCUGGCCAUAUUCAGGACUACCAAAUCACAGCCUCCAGCAUCUUCAGAACUCUUAAUAUGGACAUGUUCACCUGGGAGCCUGGAAAAGCAAGACUGGAUAAGCAAGGAAAGGUCAAUGCCUGGACAUCUGGACACAGUGACCAGUCCCAGUGGCUGCAGGUUGACAUGCUUUGGCCAACAAAAAUCACAGGCGUCAUUACCCAGGGGGCUAAAGACUUUGGACAUGUUCAGUUUGUUGGCUCCUACAAGGUGGCCUACAGCAAUGACGGUGAGAGAUGGCUUAUAUAUCAGGAUGAAAAACAGAAAAAAGACAAGGUCUUUCAAGGAAAUUUUGAUAACGACACCCACAGAAAGAACGUGAUAGAUCCUCCCAUCUAUGCAAGGUUCAUCCGAAUCCUUCCGUGGUCAUGGUACGGAAGAAUCACUUUGCGUGCAGAGUUACUGGGAUGCACAGAGGAAGAGUGAAGACCCCUAUUAAAUUUUCCCUUUGGUACACAUUGGUCCAUACUCAAUAUAAACUGUGCUUAAACAUGUAAAAUUAUAUGAACAUUUGUUUCAACAGAAUUUUCCAUUUUUUUAUUAUUUUUAUUUUUUGGUUUUCUAAAGAGGAGGGGUUUAGAGUCUGUCCAUUCACUCUUUUCUUGUUUUGUUGAGCUAAAUGGAAGGUAGAGGUUUAGUUCACUGUACAGUGUCACUUUAAACAAGGACAAAAAAAUAACAUGCAAUUUUUCUUAGGCCAUAAUCGAUCAAUCACAACACAUAAUGGAAAAGACUAACAUUACUAUGUAAGUUUCUACUUUCUUUUUAACAGCAGGUUUGACUGAAAAUUACAGCCAACACUGACAUUGUUGUGUAGACUAAUAUAUGAUGGUAUUGUAUUAUAUGUAAAUUGCAAAGUAACUGCAUGAUGCAUAAAUUACUCUAGAAGUAUAAUAAAUCAAGAUGUAUCCAUUCAGAUUUCUCCAAAUGAAGCAUUUCAUAGAUCAUCUUUAUCAAUCAUUUCAAAUUUGUAUAAUCUGUUUUCCUGUACUUUUCUAUAGACACUGUUACAUUCCACAUAACAUAAUAACAUACCAUAAAAUAAAAAAACAAUGACUCUACACUACUGGAACCACCCAUACCUAGAUUAGCAAUUUUUCAUACAUAGACAACUGGCUUCCAGUGGCAAUAGGCAAAGGUACUUUUUUGUUCACUGGUUAUUAUGCAGGCAGUCUGUAACAUAGACAGUUUAGUUUUUCUUUUUCUUUUUUUAAGAAAAUAUUGUCAAUGGAAAGUACUCUUUUAGAAGUGUUUUUGUGUUGUUGUAUACAAUAUGUAUACUGUACAUAUUUGUCUAAGAAUUUCAGAUGUCUCUGUUUUUCUGGCUGAUUGCCUAUUACUUACCUAUACUACUGUAAUAUUUUUGUUCUUGAUUGUAAAACCCUCAGGAUAGAUGCCAUCUUUUUAUUACAAUCGUACAAUUAAAUCUUACUUUGUUGGAAUGCAAAGACCCUUUGAAAUAUCCCACAUUUGUACAUGCUUGAUAGGAAAUGUAAAGGAAAAGUAACAUACAAAAAAAAUGUGCUGUAAGGACUACACUAAGUGGGAUUAUUCUUUUUUCCCCUUUGCAUUUAAUAAAGGCACCAAUAAACAGCAGCAUUCAAGGAUGAAAAGAUUAGAUACAGAUAUUUAUACAGCUGUUAACUAUACAUUGAAAUAUAGUUAUUCACUGAAAAGAUGAGCACCAAGGGGUUGUGAAAUCACUGGAAUGCAUAAUUUUAUUUGCUACUCAUUUGGAAAUUAAGAAAAUACAGUGCUGAUGACAAAUAUAUAAUAGUUACAUACAACAACCCAUGUGCUGGAGGAGUGGUGGGCUAGAAUUAUUUAUACAGUCUUGAAUGUGACAUAUAAAUAAAAUAAAAAAAUGUAAAAAAAAUAUAAAAUAAUAAAAAUCCAAAUUGUGUAUACAUGAAUACAGCAUAUAUCAUACACAAGAAUCAACAUAUACAACACAUACAGUAACAUUUUCUAUCCGAUAAGUGUUGGCUUCCCAUAUUUAUCAUGAUUAUAUGGAGGUAAUGUAAGUACUUCUUGUCUAACAUUUCCCUGUGUCUGUGAGGUUAAUCUCUAACACUGUUCAGAUGACUUGUGUGCACAUUUAACAGUUUUGUAUAGACUUUGAGGAUGACUGUCUAUGAAGAAAAAAAAAGACUAAUAUGAUAUCCACAGGCACAUUUCUAAAAUAACAAAAAAUAUGUAUAUUGGUGGGUCUGAUAUUCCAACAUUUCCAUUACAUGUGCUGUAAAAAGUGAUUGUUUGAAAAUGUAUAGAGCUCAAUUCAAGAGACACCUAGUGGGCCACACUUUGAUUACAAUUUUUUUUUUUUCCGAUGCUAUCAGCUUUUCAAAAAAUAUGUCAGUUUUCUAUUUUUGUUUAUUCCGUGUCAAGCAAAUGCUAUAUGGUAAAACAUACCACAAAGGUGUAGAAAGGAGGACAGUCAUUUUUACCAGUAUAGACAGCUCUUUGAUUUGACAAAUAAUAAUAAUAAUAAAAUAAAAAAAACA